CCGGGAGGCGCUAGUAUCUAUCACAGGAGUCUUCUACCACAAUUCACUACUUUACCCAGCAACCCAAUCGCUCAACUGCAAGCUGGCUCCAACGCUUCGCGAGUGUUUCCCAUUUAAACAAACAGUACUGAAGAUGGCGGAGAGUUAAUGGUGUAAAGAAGAAAUUAUUUAUCUGGCAGAAACACGAGUCUACUUGACUCUCGCCCCGAUAGGACCACACCUCCGGAGGGGGGGGCGGGACCAGACUGUCCGUCUACUUGGCGCCGUCACAAGGUGGGCUCCAGACGGGUGCUGAUAUGUACACACGAUGAGCGGACCUGUGGGAGACAACUCCAUGGAGCCCAUGAGCUCGGAAAACCGAAAGCGCAAGUUGUCCACCUGCGACACGCCCGGCCUGGGGUGCGAGAGGAGGCGCCGGGAGCAGGAGAGCAAGUACAUCGAGGAGCUGGCGGAGCUGAUCUCGGCCAACCUCGGGGACAUCGACAGCUUCAACGUGAAGCCGGACAAAUGCGCCAUCCUCAAGGAGACGGUGCGACAGAUCCGCCACAUCAAGGAGCAGGGGAAAGCCUUGUCCGCCGACGACGACGUCCAGAAGUCGGACGUGUCCUCCACGGGUCAGGGGGUCAUCGAUAAGGACCACCUGGGACCCCUCCUGCUGCAGGCUCUGGACGGCUUCCUGUUCGUGGUGAACCGCGAGGGCACCAUCGUGUUCGUGUCGGACAACGUGACGCAGUACCUGCAGUACAAGCAGGAGGAGCUCAUCAACACCAGCGUCUACAACAUCCUGCACGAGGACGACCGCCAGGACUUCCACAAGAACCUGCCCAAGAGCAACGUCAAUGGAGUGUCGUGGGGAGGCGAGGCAACACGGCAGAAGAGUCACACCUUUACCUGUCGCAUGCUGGUCAAGUUUGGCCACGCCCACGGCCCCAUGGAGGAGGGGCCCGGUGGCCCGCGGUACGAGACCAUGCAGUGUUUCGCCCUCACGCAGCCCAAAGCCAUGUUAGAGGAAGGAGAAGACCUCCAGUCAUGUAUGAUCUGCGUUGCGCGGCGUGUGACCGCCGUGGAGAGGACGGAGAGCUUCAACACCAGACACGAGCUUUCAGGCAAGCUGAUCCAGAUCGACCAGAACUCCCUGCGGGCCUCCAUGCGGCCGGGCUGGGACGACCUGCUGCGGCGCUGCGUCCAGAUGUUCAUGCAGCACAGCGACGGGCAGCCCUGGUCGCACAAGCGCCACUACCAUGAGGCCUUCCUGCAGGGCCACGCCGAGACGCCGCUGUACCGCUUCUCCCUGUCGGACGGCACGCCCGUCACCGCCCAGACCAAGAGCAAGCUCUACCGCCACCCCAUGAGCAACGAGCCCCAGGGCUUCAUCUCCACCCACCUCCUCCAGAGGGAGCCCAACGGCUACCGCGCGGCCCAGGCCGGGGGCAUGAUGCCGGGGGCCAUGCGGCAGCAGGCCAUGGGGGGGCCCAACCCCAACACCCCCAUGAGCAUGAACCCCGGGGGCGGCGGGAUGGGCAUGGGCGGCAUGAACAGGGGCUACCCCAUGAGCGAGCAGGGCCACAUGGGCCACAUGGGGCCCAUGGGCGGGGGGGCCAUGGCUGGGGGUCCCAUGGCCGGGGGGCCCAUGGCCGGGGGGCAAAUGGGCGGGGGGCAGAUGGGCGGGGGGCAGAUGGGCGGGGGUCCCAUGUACGGAGGCAACAGCGGCGGAGGGGGGGGGAGCGGCGGCAUGGGCGGCCGCAUGAUGCAGAUGAACCAGAUGGGCCAGAUGAACCAGAUGGGCCACAUGAACCAGAUGAACGCCAUGGGCCCCAUGGGCCACCCGGGCCACCCGGGGCACCCGGGCCACCCGGGACACCAGGGGCACCCGGGCCAGGGCAUGCAGCAGCAGCAGCAGCUCCACCCCCAGCAGCCCCCCUUCCAGAGCAGCGGGGGGUACGGCCUGGCCGGCAUGACCAGCCCGACGGGGAGCCCGCGCAUGGCCGGGCCCCAGCCGGGGCUCCUGAUGUCCCCCCGCAACAGAGGGAGCCCCAAGAUGGGCGCCAGCCAGUUCUCCCCCGGAGGCAUGCACUCCCCUAUGAGCGGCCUUGGAGGUGGGGGUGGAGGUGGGGGAGGAGGAGGAGGAGGAGGAGGCGGCACCACCUUCUCCAGCAGCUCCCUCAACGCCCUGCAAGCCAUCAGCGAGGGGGUGGGGAGCUCCCUGCCCUCCACGCUCACCUCCCCCUCGCCCGCCCACAAGCCCGACAGCUCCCCCAGCGUGCACUCCUCGUCCUCGUCCUCGCUGCCCGGCCAGCCCCUGAAGCCGGGCCCCGACGGCUCCAAGAGCCCCGCGGCGGGGGGCCUGCCCGGGUCGGGCCCCACCGACCACCACGCGCCUCUGCACCACCCGCAGCAGCACCGCCACCCGCAGCCCCCGCUGCACCACCACCUGCCGCACCCCCAGCACGCGGCGGCCGAGGGCCCGGCGGCCGAGCGGCCCGAUGGGCCGGCGGCGGCGGCGCCAGGCGGGAAGGACCCCGGGGAGGGAGGCGGCGACCAGGCCCUCUCCGGCCCCGACCAGGUCCAGCGCAGGAUCCCGGACAGCAAGGGCCACAAGAAGCUGCUCCAGCUGCUGACCUCGCCCACCGAGGAGCUGGGGACGGGGGGCCCCGGCCCCACGGGGCCCAGCCUACCGCCGCCGCCGCCCAACGCCGCCCCCAACUCCGGCCCUGGAGGGGCAACGGCCGGCCCCGACCCUGUCGGAGGCAUGACCAGCCCCUCGUCCGCCGGCGUCUCCUCCUCGUCCUCGGCCAAUCCGGGGCCGGCGCCGGGCCCGGGGGGCGUGGCGGCGGCGCUGUCGGCGGCCCACUACACGGCCUCGCUGCAGGAGAAGCACAAGAUCCUCCACAAGCUGCUGCAGAACGGCAACACCCCCGACGACGUGGCCAAGAUCACCGCCGAGGCCACGGGGAAGGUCACCCUGGGGGGCCAAGAGGCCGUGGAGGCCGGGGCCGGCCAGGGGCCCCUGGCUGAGCCCAAGCAGGAGCAGCACAGCCCCAAGAAGGAGAAGACCCACGCCCUGCUGCACUACCUCCUCAACAAGGACGACUCCAAAGAGCCCGUGGACGUGAAGCCCAAGACGGAGGAGCUGGAGAUGAAGGGCCCGCCGGGGGCCGCCGGGGGGCCCGCACGGGGGGGGCCCGGGUCGGGCCCCGGCCCUGCGGCAGAACACCCUGAGGGCAAGAUUAAGUCGGAGCCACCCGAUGAGCUGGAGAACCUGGAGUCUAUCCUUGGGGGCUUGAGGGGCGCGGGCUCGGACUUCUACCCUGACCAGCCGGGGGGAGGCGGGGGAGGGCCCCCGGACGCAGGGAGCAAAGCCCAGGGAUGCCUGGACGACAGCCUGCAGGGGAGCCCGGGUCUGGCCCCAGGGGUCCGGGGCCCGUUCCACAGAGCCGUGUCCAUGGACGGGAAGCCCUCGGUGGGGCCCGGCGGGGGGGCCCGGCGCCCCAUGCUCAUCAAGCAGGAGAACAUGAUGGGCAGCCCGGACGGCUACCCUGGCAACAUGGGUGUGUGCCCCAGAGGCGUUGGAACAAGACCCGUGAACCGGGGCAUGGUCCCCCAGAGGUCCCCGAUGGGGGGGUCCGGCGAGUGGGGGAUGCCCCGCUCCAGCGCCAGCCCCGUGGGCUCCGCGGGACACCCCUCCAUGAUCCGCCCGCCCAUGGACUACAACAACGGCAAGCCCAUGAUGGGGGGGGCCAUGGUGGGCCGCUCCAACAGCGUGCCGGGCACCCGCUCCAUGCUGCAGCAGCAGCUCAUGGAUAUGGGGGGCUCUGGGGACAUGGGCAUGAGCCCCUUCCACCAGCAGCAGGGACAGCCCAACCAGUCCCCGUCCUGGCCGGACCCAGUGAUGGGCAUGGAGGGGGGCAGCAGGCGUCCCUUUGGCAACACGCUGGAUGACCUGCUGGUCCCGCCCACCACCAGCGAGGGCCAGAGCGACGAGAGGGCCCUGCUGGACCAGCUGGACUCCCUGCUCAACAACACGGACGGCAUCGCCCUGGAGGAGAUAGACCGGGCGCUGGGCAUCCCCGACCUGGUCAGCCAGGGCCAGGGAGCCGAGCACCUGGAGCCCUUCCCGGGACAGGACCCCUCCAUGGGCAUGGAGCACAAGUCCCUCUACGGCCAGGGCUACCCGGGCCCCCCCAGCAUGGCCAUGCAGCAGGCCUACGGGGGGAACCCCAUGCAGGGGCAGCCCCAGCAGGGGGGCUUCGGCCCCAUGCUGUCCCAGAUGGGCCAGGGGGGCAGCUUCCCGGGCAUGGGGGGCAUGGGGGGCAUGGGCCACCCCCGCGCCGGCAUGAUGCGACCCAGGAUGAUGAGCGCCAACAAGCCCAUGAGGCUCCAGCUGCAGCAGCGGCUCCAGGGCCAGCAGUUCUUGAGCCAGACGCGCCAGGGAAUGGCCAUGAAGAUGGAGAACCCUGGGGGCCCCAGCCUGGGCAUGAGACCCGCGAUGCAGCCGGGCAUGGGAGGACAGCCUGGCUUCCUGAACGCCCAGAUGAUGGCCCAACGCAGCCGGGAGAUGGUCACCAUGCAGAUGAAGAGGCAGAGGAUGAUGAUGCUCAUGCAGCAGCAGCAGCAGCAGGCCGCCGCCGCCGCCGGGGGCUUCAGUCCCCCGCCCAACGUCACAGCCCCCGGGGGCAUGGACGGCGGCAUGGGGGGCCCCGGCAUGGGAGGGCCAGGCAUGGGCCAGCCGGGCCCCCAGCAGUUUGGCUACGGGGGGAGCUACGGGAUGGGCCAGCAGGGGGAGCCCUCGUUCGGCCCCCCGGGGAGCAGCCCCCCCAACGCCAUGAUGUCAGGCCGCCUGGGGCCGCAGAAUCCCAUGAUGCAACAGCACCCGCAGGGCGGACCCAUGUACCAGGGGGCCGACAUGAAGGCCUGGGCCCAGGGGGGCAUGGCACGCAGCAGCUCCUAUGCUCAGCAGCAGUUUGCCCAGCAGGGGAGCCCGGCCCAGUACGGGGGCAUGAUGAUGAACGGGGGGGGCAUGCCGGCCGGCGGGGCCGGGGCCCACAUGGGUCAGAUGGGCAUGAACCCCAUGGUGAUGGGUCGCAUGGGCCCCAUGGGCCCUGAGCAGAAAUACUGCUGAGUUCGGUGACUCUGGGCUCGUCAGGGCUCCCUGUGACCCUCAUCCAGAGAGCUGUAGCGGCCGCAGCGCCCAGGCGUGGAGUACCAGGUCGGCGGGUGUUUUUCCGUCUGCUGUGCUGCACACCCACCACUAGGGGGAGUGCUCGUGCUCUUUUGGAGUAGGACACACAGUGAACGCAGACUCACAGCCUAGGGGACUACGACAACCACAGACACGAUCCCAUACCGAGAAUACAAUGCCUUCUUGUAAAUCUGAGACACUGUGACACACACACAUACCUACACACUGACAAACACACACACACACCCAAGCUCUUAUCGUGAUUGCCAGAUAUUGAUUGCUUAUUUAUAUAACUUUUCUCCAAAAAGUCGGUAGUUCCCUAUGACUGUAGUUCCCUUUCUAUUCUCGUCAUGAGUGGUUUGUGUUUCAUGUAGACACACAGGACAUUUUUUGGGACCAAACGGAUAAAGUCAACCAACUUUUAGGGGUGGGGGUUUGGGGGGUUAGAGGGGCGGACAUCGGAUGACAGACUGGAACACGGACAGCCAGGAAGACCUCCUCUCUCUUUGGGCCUGACGCCAGCACGACUCUACCACUCUACGUGGUCAACUGCAAACCUUUUGAACUUCUCUCUUUCUGUUUCAGAAUGUUUGGAAGCCAGUUCCUCAGUGCUGGUGCUAGACCAUCUCCAUGUAAAUAUGUCUUGUUGUGUACAUAUAUAUACAUAUUGUGUAUCCAUAUAUAUGUACAUAUAUAUGUAUAUGUAUACAUUACGUGUAUAUAUAUGUUUAUAAUAUAUAUAUAAACAUAUAUUAUAUGUAUGUAUAAUAUAUAUAUAUACAUAUAUAUGUAUGUAUCUAUGUAUAUGUAUGUAUGCAUAUAUAUGUAGAUAAAGUAUGGUUCAUGCGUGACUUUUAGUCAUGUUGUGACCCCAGAGGAAUGUCAUUAUACUGUAGCACACCUUUAAUCCUCCAGAAGUCGAUUGGCUAUGAGGUAUAACAGAGUAACCAGUGGGCUGGGAUUGCACUUUAAGGAAAGGCCAUUCUCUGAAUCGAUUGUGGCAUUAUUGUAUGGCCACGAGGCCUUGAUUGAUAAAUAAAAAAAGAUUAUUAUUUAAUACAACAGCAAAUUUAAAUAUGAUUGGUUUUCUCCUUGGAGAAUAGGGUCUAACCAAUGGUAUAUUUUAGAUUCAGAAGGGAAGUAGUAAGCACAGACGCCAACAUACGCUCUCGCGAUGUACUGGUUUAUUAUAGACACAGAAACAGAGUCCUAAUGGCGCGUUUCCACUGCAGGGUGCGGUACGGUUCGGUUCGCAAAGGUGCGGUACGGAUUGCGUUUCCACCGCUAAAAGUGGGCGUGGCCCGGACUGAGCCGUACUCGUUUUGCCCUCGUCUUCAGUACUCCUCCGUUGGGGUACUGAGACGCCUGAAAGGGUGCCGGAAAAUUCGAGCUACACACCCCCUCCGUUGAUUGGUCGACAGAAUCGUCACUUCCGGGCGACGUGGGGAUAAAAACAAGCAAACAGUAGCCUCGAGGUAUUAUUCUUUACAAUUAACAUGUGGCUUAAAACGAUUGCUUGGGCAAACAAGGAGUUGGAGACGUUCCUCUGCAUUCUUGGGGAGGAAAAAGUUGUUUACGAUUGUUUACGUAGCUGCCGCGGCGAUCGACAUCCGGCCUACCAUAAAGGGUACUGUCGGCGGUGGAAACGUGACCUCGGAACUGAGCUGGGCUAUACCGCCCCCUCCCUACCGGACUGAGGCGAACCGAACCGUACCGCACCCUGCAGUGGAAACGCGGCAUAACUCUUGACGUCUUGAGAAAUAGCAUUCAAAUCAACAGACCUUCAAUUCCUGUUAAAUUUGAAUGACUUCAAGAUGUAAUGAUUUGAUUACAUAUCUAAUAUAUAUAACAAAGAAUACAAGAGAUUUCUAAUUUGAAAAAGGAUGCUUUAUAUAACUCCUAAAAGUUUGAAUUUAAUGUGUAUAUGCAGAUUUCCAGCAAUAACCCAUUCUCUGUCGGUAAAAGGGUAUUGGACAAUUACCCAAUGUGAUGGUACUGCAGUAUUACAUACAGUGUCCUGGUUAUAAAUCUUCAUUUGUCUGUGAAUACCAAUUGUAAAUAAGCUUCAAAUGUAUUAUAUAUAUAAAUAUAUAUAUAGAAAAAAGUAUAUAUAUGCUUUUGUAGGUCACAUACUGUUUGCACAGAUUGUAUGGCUUAAUAUUUAAAGUUGAAUUUUCUUAUUUAUUCCUACCUAGGUCAAUACAGCUUUGAUUUUGAGAAGGUUUUAACCCCUUAGCAAAAAUGGAGCUAGUUCUUUUUACCUACACGCCUAAAUUACUUUCCUUCGAGUUAAUACUGCCACUUUCAUUUUUCAAGGAAGCACUUUUUUGUUUGUGAUUUUCAAGUCGUCUAUAUAUUUUAUUUCUCCAAGGGCAUAUACGUAGCUUUAGAGGUGCUAGUGAGUAACUAUGUACAUUUUGUUUUUAUAUAUAAAUCAAUUUCUUUAUGACAAAAAAAGAAAAACAGACAAAAAAGAAAAGAAAAAACCGAGACGAAACCACAAAAGAUGCCUAUAUGUAAACAGUUGACACGCGAUUGUGUUAGGUCCCUGGGGGGCCCUGGUGUCUUACCGGUACGUGGAUGGAUCUUUUCCACACCUUUUGGGGUCUUUUUCCCCUCGUUCUUCAGCGGGGGACUUGAGUUUCAUUCCUGAAGUUUGUGUUUGGUGUUUUUUGCCUGAACAUCCCCAGCGGUGACCUUGUCACACUGAACCACAUCCCGCCACCAUCAUUCUGGGUCCCCAGGGGCGGUUCGGUGAAUCGGACACCUGAUCAUGGUUAUCAGCCCCGCUGGAGAGCGUCUCAUUGCUGUUGGCUUGUUCUGAUUGGUUUACUGCGGGAACGCAACAGUUGGAUGGGGACGUUCUUAUUGUGUCCUGUGACGUCCUGCGAUGGUUCUCAUUGAUCAUGUCAUGGUUGGGUUUGCCUUUACUGUUGUAUUUUUAUUUUUAUUUUCAGAAACUCAUAUGACGAAAUGGACAUUUUGAAACCUACUCGAUCCAAAGAUUUGUUUGGUUUUGUUUUUCUUCCUUUUGUUCCCGUCUGCAGUGCUUAGAGAGCGGUCCGAUGUGUGCAGGGAUUGCUUUCCAAGCAUGCAAUUCCUGUAGGUUAGGAGUCACUGUUCGUUCAUUCUUUUGAUUUUACAUAUUAUAAUCACAACCAUAGAACUGAUAGGAAACUCCCUUGAGGUUUUGUUUUAGUUGAGCUAGUGAUUUGUCUACUUUUACUUUGUCCUUCUCAUACCUUCUGGCCAGUUGAGUAGAGGUGCUGAAAAAUGGGUAUUUUAUAGAAUGUUUUCUGUUUCGUUUUUACAGACUUAUUUGGAAGGGGGUUUCCUGGUUGAUGUCAAAUAUGUCUUGCAUUGUUAUCCUGUUGUAGACUCUUUUUUUCCGAAGUCGCAACGAAAUAAUGACAAAAUAAUAACCUGCAAAUUCUCAAAAUUCCACUUUAAAGGAAUGAAAAAAAUAAGCUCUUCUCAUGCAUUGUUGGAGCAGAUGAGUGAUUAGAAGAUUACAAAUUGAGCGAAUAUACUGUGGUUAUUACAGGUUGUAAAUGACUUUAACAUUUUUCUUACCAUGUUUGUUGAUGUUAAUAUUGAUGUAAAUACAAAUUUAUAUUUAAACAUUA